AUGCGAGAUAAGGGGUCGCAGCAGCCGCCGGGGUCUCCGCUGUCUCGCGAGGAGGGUGAAGCGCCCCCGCCUACUCCCGCUUCGGAGGGCCGGCGGAGAAGUCGUAGAGUUCGCCUUCGUGGAUCCUGCCGUCACCGACCCAGCCUUCUGGGCCGCCGGGAGCUGGCCACGAGCGCCCCAGCCCGGCCUGCGCCGGCAUCCUCUGAGAUAAUGGCAUCAGCCGCUAAGGAAUUUAAAAUGGACAACUUUUCACCUAAAGCUGGCACUAGCAAAUUGCAACAGACAGUACCAGCUGAUGCAUCUCCCGAUUCUAAGUGUCCUAUAUGCUUGGAUAGAUUUGAUAAUGUGUCUUACUUAGAUCGCUGUUUACAUAAGUUCUGUUUUCGCUGUGUACAGGAGUGGUCAAAAAACAAAGCCGAAUGCCCACUAUGUAAGCAGCCCUUUGAUUCUAUUUUUCAUUCUGUGAGGGCAGAAGAUGACUUCAAGGAGUAUGUCCUAAGACCGUCAUACAAUGGCUCUUUUGCUACUCCUGAUGUCCGACGAUUCCGCUAUCGCACAACUAUGACAAGGGAACGAAGUGCUUCUGUUUAUUCACCUAGUAGUACUGUGAAUAGAAGAACAACAACUCCACCAGACAGUGGAGUACUAUUUGAAGGGUUAAGCAUUUCAGCAAGACCUAGAGAUGGUGAAAUUCCUCCAUUUAUGAGACAGAUUUCAAUAAGAAGGCCAGCUACUUCAGAUGAGAGAUCUUUGCGGAAAAUUCAAGAACAGGAUAUCAUUAAUUUUAGGCGAACUCUCUAUCGUGCUGGUGCUCGAGUUAGAAAUAUUGAAGAUGGUGGUCGCUACAGGGACAUUUCAGCUGAAUUUUUCCGUAGAAAUCCAGCUUGCCUUCACAGAUUAGUCCCCUGGUUAAAACGUGAACUCACAGUUCUCUUUGGAGCUCAUGGAUCUUUAGUGAAUAUCGUCCAGCACAUCAUCAUGAGUAAUGUAACUCGCUAUGACUUGGAGAGUCAGGCAUUUGUGUCUGAUUUGAGGCCGUUUUUGCUUAAUCGGACUGAGCAUUUUAUACAUGAAUUUAUCAGUUUUGCUCGCUCUCCAUUUAACAUGGCAGCCUUUGAUCAGCAUGCUAAUUACGAUUGCCCUGCUCCUUCAUAUGAAGAAGGUAGCCAUUCUGAUUCUUCAGUCAUAACAAUAUCUCCAGAUGAAGCUGAGACCCAAGAGCUGGAUGUUAAUGUAGCCACUGUUAGUCAAGCACCAUGGGAUGAUGAAACUCCAGGACCUUCUUACUCAAGCUCAGAGCAGGUGCAUGCUGCCAUGUCUUCCCUUUUAAAUACUUCAGACAGUUCAGAUGAAGAACUUGUAACAGGAAGAGCUACAUCUCAGAUACAAGGAGUACAGACCAAUGAGGACCUAAAUAAUGACAGUGAUUCUUCUUCAGAUAACUGUGUCAUUGUUGGAUUUGUUAAACCUCUAGCUGAGAGGACCCCAGAGCUUGUUGAACUGUCCUCUGAUUCUGAGGUGGAGUUAGGUUCGUAUGAGAAAAUGGAGACCAUGAAGACACAAGAACAAGAGCAGUCUUACAGUUCUGGUGAUAGUGAUGUUAGUAGAUGUUCGUCUCCACGCUCUGUCAUUGGAAAGGAUGAACAAAUAAAUAAAGGACAUUGUGAUUCUGGUACAAAAAUCAGCUCAAAGAAGGAAGAGCAACGAUCUAUAUCAUUGUCCUCUCUCAGAGACCUGAGCUCAUCCCUCAGAGGAGACAGAGUAUAUUCCCCAUAUACCCGCAGACACAGAAAGAGGGGAAGAUCGAGGAGUUCAGAUUCACAUUCCCAGAGUAGGAGUGGGCAUGAUCAGAAGAAUCGUAGAAAGCAUCAUGGGAAGAAAAGAAUGAAAGGCAAGCGAUCCAGAAGCAGGGAGAGUAGUAGACUUAGAGGUAGAAGAGACAAGAAGAGAUCAAGAACCAGAGAUAGCAGUUGGUCAAGAAGAAGCCAAACUCUGUCUCUAAGUAGUGAAAGUUCUAGCAGAUCAAGAUCUCGUAGCAGUGAUCGUGGUAAAAGAAGAUCACGGAGUAGAAAUCGAGAUCGUUACUAUUUGAGAAAUAAUUAUGGCAGCAGAUAUAAGUGGGAGUAUACUUACUAUAGUAGAAACAAGGACAGGGAUGGCUACGAGUCAUCUUACAGGAGGAGGACUCUGUCCAGAGCUCACUAUUCCAGACAAUCGUCAAGUCCAGAACUUAGAAUUCAGUCCUUUUCUGAGAGAACAAACGCUCGGAAGAAAAAUAAUCACAGUGAAAGGAAAUACUACUACUAUGAAAGGCAUAGAUCAAGGAGCCUGUCUAGUAGUAGAUCAAAGACUGCAUCUACAGGGCCUGACCGGGGGAGAAAUGAAAAGCCUGGUGGGAAACGAAAGUACAAAACGCGGCAUUUGGAGGGUACUAGUGAUGUUGCUCAACCAUCGCAUGAAUUUGCUUCUAAAGUAAAGGAAGGUCACUAUUCAAAAUCUUCAUCAAAAUUGGAUGGAAGCUACAAAAAUGAGAGUGACAGCUUUUCAGAUAGCCGGUCAUCAGAAAGAGAGACAAAGCACAAGAGGAGAAAGAGGAGGACCCGCAGCCUGAGCGUAGAGAUAGUUUAUGAAGGGAAAGCUACCGAUACAACCAGACACCAUAAAAAGAAAAAGAAGAAACAUAAGAGGAAACACAAGAAACACCAUGGCGAUAAUGCUUCACGUUCCCCAGUUGUGAUUACCAUUGACAGUGACAGUGAUAAAGACUCUGAAGUAAAGGAGAAUAUAGAAUGUGACCGUAGUGGUCCUCAAGACCCCCUCCAAAGUGAAUUUUUGGCUCCGUUUGAAUCUAAAGAUGUAGUUACAAUAGAAGAUGAAUUUGGUGUCCUGAGCAAGGAGUGUGAUAUUACCAUACUUAAUAGCAACUUGAAUAAUGCCAAUAAAACUGUGGAUAAUAUAUCACCCCAGGCAGCUUCAAUUGAACAAACUCUUGAUGUAAGAGACGAGAGCACCUUUGCCUCUGAUUUGGAGAACCAGCCCAGUAAUGUCUCUUUUCAGACUGAGCCAUCAAGGACAUCAUCGUUAAUGUCAGUGUCUCUUGGUAGAGACCAUGAUGUGUCUUAA